CCCCUUCCUGACCUAAACUUUGCGUCGCCCUCAUCUCUUCACCCCCCCCACCCCCAAAUCCGGGCAAAUAUCCCUCGAUACCACCCCCCACCACCGCCACCGGACGUCCAUCUCUCUCUCUCAUCCUCGUCCAUCAUCCCCGCCGGAUACCCAUCCCUUUUCUCUCUCUUGUCCACCCGCCGGACAACUCCCCAGGAGUCCGCCCUUUCCUACCCCUCCCCCCCGGGUUGGGAGGAAGAGGAGGCCCCGAGGCCCCUGUGCCGGCGGCGGCUGCUCCUGAGUAGUUCAGAGAGGAGGAAGGUGGAAGGAGAGGGAGGGAGAAAGCACCGAGCCACCGCCAGCAGCAGCACCACCACGGCGGCAGCUGCGGCCGGGGACACGCCGUUCACUCUGGCCUCCUCCUCUUCCUCCGACUCGGAGACCGGCGGAGUGUCUCCGCCACCGCGGAAGAAGCAGCGAGCGGCGGAGGGCGAGGGUGAGCCCGGGGCGGCGGCGGCAGCAGCAGCAUUCGGAGGAACUUCACUAGGCCCCAGCGGUAACAACCCCCCCGGCAGUUUCAGCGGCGGCCUCCUCCUCCUGGGCGGCACCGGGCGCCAGGCUCCCGGCGUCAUGCAGGCCAACGGGAACCAGGCCGGCGGAGGCGAGAUCCCCUCGGUCGGGGCCCAGAACGGAGACGUGACGGGCCGGGAUUCGAGCCAAGCCGAGGCCGCCGACGAGCCGACUUCCCACGGUACCGGCGGAUUCACUUUCUCCCCGUCUGCCCAGGCCCCGGCCGCUCACUCCAACGGACUGCCCUCGUCGUCUGCUGCUCCUGCAAUCUCUCUGGCUCCUGGGCCUGGGGGCAUUAACCCGGAGCAGAGCUCGCUCAAGAAGAAAAAACGCCUGUCCCAGAGCGACGAGGAUGUCAUCCGCCUGAUCGGACAGCACCUGCAUGGCCUGGGCCUGAACCAAACAGUCGACCUUCUGAUGCAGGAAUCGGGCUGUCGCUUGGAACAUCCUUCUGCAACUAAAUUCCGCAAUCAUGUAAUGGAGGGACAAUGGGAAAAGGCUGAAAAUGAUCUUAAUGAAUUGAAGUCUUUGGUGCAUUCGCCUCAUGUGAUUGUGAAGAUGAAGUUCUUGCUUCUGCAGCAGAAGUACUUGGAGUAUCUGGAAGAUGGCAAAGUUCUGGAAGCUCUUCAGGUCCUGCGCUGUGAACUGACUCCUCUGAAAUACAACACCGAGCGUAUCCACAUCUUAAGUGGGUAUCUAAUGUGCAGUCAUACAGAUGACCUGAGAGCAAAGGCAGAGUGGGAAGGAAAAGGGAAUGCUUCACGAUCAAAAUUACUUGACAAACUUCAGAUGUACCUGCCCCCGUCAGUGAUGCUACCUCCACGACGCUUACAGACUUUAUUGCGCCAAGCAGUGGAACUGCAAAGGGAUCGAUGCCUGUAUCACAAUACUAAACUAGAUGGCAACCUGGACUCGAUGUCUCUACUUCUAGACCAUGUUUGCAGCAGGAAACAGUUCCCUUGCUAUACACAGCAGAUUCUCACAGAACAUUGCAAUGAGGUGUGGUUCUGCAAGUUCGCUAACGAUGGCACUAAAUUAGCAACAGGAUCCAAGGACACCACGGUUAUUAUUUGGCAGGUUGAUUUAGAUACUCACCAACUUAGGUUGCUUAAAACGUUAGAAGGUCAUGCUUAUGGAGUAUCAUACUUAGCUUGGAGUCCAGAUGAUACUUACCUUCUAGCCUGUGGCCCUGAUGACUGCUCUGAAUUAUGGCUUUGGAAUGUACAGACAGGAGAGCUAAGAACCAAGAUGAGUCAGUCUCAUGAGGACAGUCUGACAAGUGUGGCUUGGAACCCAGAUGGGAAACGCUUUGUGACGGGUGGACAGCGUGGGCAAUUUUAUCAGUGUGAUUUGGAAGGAAAUUUGCUGGAUUCGUGGGAAGGCGUGAGAGUGCAGUGUCUUUGGUGUCUAAAUGAUGGGAAAACAGUCCUUGCCUCGGACACGCAUCAGCGGAUAAGAGGGUACAACUUCGAGGACCUGACUGAUAGGAAUAUAGUGCAAGAGGAUCAUCCUAUAAUGUCUUUCACAGUUUCGAAGAAUGGAAGGCUAGCCUUGUUAAAUGUCGCCACUCAGGGAGUUCAUCUAUGGGACCUACAGGACCGUGUUUUAGUGAGAAAGUAUCAAGGUGUCACACAAGGAUUUUACACAAUUCAUUCAUGUUUUGGAGGCAACAAUGAAGAUUUUAUAGCCAGUGGCAGUGAAGAUCACAAGGUUUAUAUUUGGCACAAGCGGAGCGAAUUGCCAAUAGCAGAACUGACAGGACACACUCGUACUGUAAACUGUGUUAGCUGGAACCCACAACUCCCAUCCAUGAUGGCUAGUGCUUCAGAUGAUGGUACAGUUAGGAUAUGGGGACCAGCGCCUUUCUUAGACAACCAGGAGUCUGAAGAAGCUUGCAGCAGUAUGGAUAGUUGACGGUGACUUUACAACAGGCAGCUUCAAACUGAAAUUAGUCAUGGAACAAAACUACUUGGGUUUUGGCACAAAUCAGCUGUGGUUGAUCAAUGGAUAAGAUGUGCUUGUGAUGAAAACUCAUUCCCAGUCUUUUCAAGAGUGCCAGCAUCUGACCACCUUGCUUCAUAGUUACAAAUCCAGGAGAAACAAUCUCCUAAGACCCCAGUGAGACGUCAUUUUGAAUUUUACUCAUUGGUCUUGAAGAGCCGUGUUACAUUAAGACUCCAUGGAACUCAGAUUCUUUUCUGCCAUUUUUGCUUCUACACCAUGGAAUUUUAAGUGCUUGUUUGGAGUCUAACAUAUUUGCUAGGAAGAGAUAAGCUUUAGUCUGGAACAAACAUGCAUUAAAAUAGAAGAUUGUUUUCAUUCUGGUAGCCUGAAUUAGUAGAAAUAAUUACAGCUCAACCCAUAGACUUUCACCUUGGGUCAUGCUGCCCUAAAAUGUUUUUGGUGACCUUUGGGGAGAGGAAGAUUUAAGAGUUCAUGUACAAAAUUUUGGGGCUUUUUAAACAAAAAUCCUCAUUGAUAGCUGAAUCAUUUAAAACUCAUUCCUGCAUUCAUUCCCUUAUCAUGGUUUUCCACUUGUUUUAUGAUAAAUUCAUUUCCGCAUUCUUGAAAUUAUCACAACAGUGACAUUUUUAAACAAUAGUAUGAGAUACCACAUUAAUUUGUUUAGGGGAGGUUUUAAGCCCAAGUUGACACAUUGAAAGAUUGUAUGUGGUCCUGCUGACUGUACAUUAGUACAUGUGCUUCCAUUUAGACUUGUAACUGCACCUAUUUGACUUGCAGAUAGAAUCAGUGCCAAGUGAUUUGGUAUGGCCGAUGUAUUAACAGACUCUGGCAGGGUUUUAUAUCAUUGAUUCAAAUUUGGCAAAUUCUUGAUCUCAGCUGGAUUGGUACCAGGUGUUGCUCCUAUAUUUUUGGCAAGAUGGAGAUUGUGGGGGGAAUGCAGGAUUGACAUCAGAAAUGGGAGAAAUCACUGAAUUUGCAAGUAGGCAACAUACCUGCUUUCCUUUGUAAGGAACUGCUGAAAAUGGGACGUUUAAGCCAGGGAAAUCGAAGUGGAAAUGUAAAUGCUAAUUGAGGAGGAAACUCACUGCACCUUUUACUUGUGCAAUAUACAGUACUAUUCUUUACUAUUUUGCCUAUUUUUAAUCAAACUAUUUAAUACCCAUUCACCUAAGAUUUGUCAUUCUCCAGUUUUUUUUGUAUAUGUCCCCUACAUAAUUUCAAUAUUGUUUCUGUUUUUGUCCUCCUCUCCUCUUUCUAUCCCUCUUUUUCUCUUAAUCACCCCCCUCCCAAAAAAGCCAAUAUUAAUAAUCACUGGCAAUUGUCUAAUUACCAGGUUUUGCACUGCUGCCAGAAUGGGAAGGGCAAAGGUCCUAUCUCUUCUAGUGAACCAAGUUCCAAUGUACAAUCUGUUCCUGUUCAUGAUAAGUGACAUUUAAGGGAAAGGGUCUAGGUUCCUAAGGGGUCAAGAGAAAAGGUGUAACAAUGUGGUCUAAAUGCCUUUAUUUUGUGAGUAACCAGAACUUGACCUUCCAAGGUUAGAUCUGGGAUGGUGAGGACAGUGCAAGGAAACAGCAAUGCAAUCUGAUCAAUUGAAUAGUGACUUCAUCGAUCAAGUACCCAGAUGAUCGAUUAUAAAUUUGUACUUUGCCAAUUUAUUUGUACAUUCUUUUAGAGUCCAUGAUUUAUUUUUUGUGUACAAAUGCUAUUAGAAUGAAGAUUAAAUUCUCUUCCAAAUUCG